GGCUGUUCACAUCCUGUCCUGCAGCUCAGCAGCAUGAGUGAGACAGUUAACAGCUGAGGCCUUGUGUGUCCGAGUAUGCGUUCACGUUGAUGAAAACUCAGAAAUUACUCCAGAGUUUCUUGCCUCUGCCAAGUUACCCUCGGAGUACAGGCUCCACUCCUACACAGUAAAGAACUUUGAUUGGAUUUCCACGCACCCCUUUGUUUGUUAAAUGAGAUUGCAUUACAGAAUCUUUUUACUUUAGCUCGUUACGUUGCUGCAAAAUGAAGAAACCUCUUCCACUGACUAAUUCCUGGAAUUGUUCCAUCAAUGAAGAACCAGUACUAUUUACUCUGCCAGGCACCAAGAAGAAGAUCAAGAGGAAGUCCCGUGAGCCUAAAAGACUUUUCCCAAGUCCAGAGACUGAAACCAUACAAAACUUUUUAGUGGACAUGUCUAAUGGUGACUCAGAGGAUGCCCAAAUGGAGAUGGGCUAUGUCAACAAGCUGGCUCCUUUCCAUGGGCAGCUGAUGAUGUCACAGGAGAUGAUGGUCAACAGUACAAAACCUCUGUCUGGGAUACCGGAGAACAACACCGUACCAGGUCAGAGUGGCGCUAUAGACAUGAGAAUUGGCAUCAACAUGCCUGCCAUCUCUUCCCAGGUGUCCCGGCCACCUGCGUCACUACGAUCCCACCACGAGAUCUCCAACUGGCCUUCCUCCAUCUCUCAGCCUCUUUCCAGCAGGUUCAAGUUGGGCCUCCACUCCACAUUCUCCCUGUCAGCAUCAACCAGCAGCACACAUGCUUCUGGAUGUCAGGUGUUCUCCUCAGAACAGAGUCCACCAAGACAGUCUGCUGCCCCGUACAUCCCCACUGAAUCCCAGUCCCCCCAGUGUCUGGAUCUCAUCGACUCCCAAGUCUCCUCACCUAAAGAGUCUCCCAGGAAGCGGGUUGUUGGCGGUUCUCAUGCUCGAGGGCAUCUUCCAGAGGUCAAAGCCAUCCAACAAACCAGGAGGCUUCUAGCCAACGCCAGGGAGAGGACUCGAGUUCACACCAUCAGUGCAGCAUUCGAGGCAUUAAGAAAACAGGUGCCAUGUUACUCAUACGGGCAGAAGCUGUCCAAGCUGGCUAUCUUACGUAUUGCCUGUAACUACAUCCUGUCCCUGGCCCAGUUAGCUGAGCUGGACUACAGUUCAGAUCCCAGCACUGUGAGCUUUGCUCAGUGUGUAGAGCAGUGUACCCGAACCCUGCAGGCUGAGGGACGGUGCAAGAAGAGGAAGGAAUGACGUUCACGCUGCGGCAGCGGUGGAAGGAGUACUGGGAGAAUGAGAGACACAAUGAAAAUACAGCAAAGAAAAAGAAGAUGACCGAUGGAAGAACUGGACUCAAGCUGACCCAAGGCCCAGUUCACAAACACAGAAUUCAGGAAACCGAGUUAAAACAAGCAAGAUGGAGUUUAACAAGCCUUGUUGGAACAUUCUGCUCUAACUGUUUUAUUUCAUAAUAAAUGCCCCGACAGGAUCAAAAAGACUUCCUCACUCACACUCGCUCUGGUUUCUGUGGCUGUCUGCUUGUUUUCCUUUAAUUUUAAUAGUUAAUUAACCAUUAAUUAAUAGUUAAUUAACAGUUAAGUAACCCUUGCAGGGACACCUAGUGGUCCGCUGCUGUUACAGCAGCAACACACAUUCGUCUUGUUGAGUCCAACACAAACACAGUGAAGUCAGUCGUACGCAGCUGGGCUAACCGCUGCUCCACCGUGCAGCCCAAACCUACUUCUACUCACACACGC